AACUCUCCGGCCAGCUCUACUGAGCCCAACUUACACCUACACGCAAACACACCUCCUUCAUCGCCCUCUCCCUACUCUGAGCUUGCCCUUUCUGAAGCCAUCAUGUCUGUGACCAAGAGUGCCGGGAGUCCGCAGGUGGCUGCCACUGUCAAGCUGGACCUUGUGUCGUUUCCUGAGAGUGCCAAGAAGGUGCAGAGCCAGGAUCCCAGUCCAGUGAAUGGGAGCUCUUCAGAGUCGUCAGAGAAGACCAAGGGCAUUACAGGGUUCCAGACUUUGGUUCAUCUGGUCAAAGGCAACAUGGGCACAGGGAUUCUGGGACUGCCCCUGGCUGUGAAGAAUGCAGGCAUCUUGAUGGGCCCACUCAGCUUGCUAGUGAUGGGCCUCAUCGCCUGCCACUGUAUGCACAUCCUAGUCCGAUGUGCCCAGCGCUUCUGUCACAGACUCAACAAGCCUUUCAUGGAUUAUGGGGACACAGUGAUGCAUGGACUGGCUUCCAGUCCCAACGCCUGGCUGCAAAGCCACGCCCACUGGGGGAGGCAUGUUGUGAGCUUCUUCCUCAUCGUCACGCAGCUGGGUUUCUGCUGUGUGUACAUCGUGUUUCUGGCGGACAAUUUAAAACAGGUAGUAGAAGCUGUUAACAGCACAACCAUCAGCUGCCACAAGAACGAAACGGUAGUUCUGACGCCCACCAUAGACUCUCGACUCUACAUGCUCGCCUUCCUGCCCGUCCUGGGGCUUCUGGUAUUCAUCAGGAACCUCCGCGUUCUCACCAUCUUCUCCCUGUUGGCCAACAUCAGCAUGCUGGUCAGCCUGGUCAUCAUUGCCCAGUACAUCAUCCAGGGAAUUCCAGAUCCCAGCCAGUUGCCAUUGGUAGCAAGCUGGAAGACCUACCCGCUCUUCUUUGGAACAGCCAUUUUUUCAUUCGAAAGCAUCGGCGUGGUGCUGCCUCUGGAAAACAAGAUGAAGGAUGCCCGCCGCUUCCCAGCCAUUCUGUCUUUGGGAAUGUCCAUCAUCACCACCCUGUACAUUGCCAUCGGGGCUCUGGGCUACCUGCGGUUUGGAGAUGACAUCAAAGCCAGCAUCACUCUUAACCUGCCCAACUGCUGGCUGUACCAGUCAGUCAAGCUCCUGUAUGUCGUCGGCAUCCUGUGUACCUAUGCCUUGCAGUUCUACGUCCCUGCGGAAAUCAUCAUCCCCCUCGCUGUCUCCCAGGUGUCAAAACGCUGGGCACUGCCUGUGGACCUGUCCAUCCGGCUCGCCCUGGUCUGCCUCACAUGCAUGCUGGCCAUCCUCAUCCCCCGCCUGGACCUGGUCCUCUCCCUGGUGGGCUCUGUGAGCAGCAGUGCCCUGGCCCUCAUCAUCCCGCCCCUGCUGGAGGUGACCACCUACUAUGGAGAGGGCAUGAGCCCCCUGACCAUCACCAAGGAUGCCCUCAUCAGCAUCCUGGGCUUCAUCGGAUUUGUGGUGGGGACCUAUCAGGCCCUGGAUGAGCUGAUCAGGUCCGGGAACAGUCUCCCCCUGUCCAACUCCACUAUGUUUAUUCAGUGACAGUGCCUCUCCUCGCCCACGGUGAUUUACGUUGUCUAUGUAUCUUUUCACUUCGUCUUUUCUCUGGUCCAAGACAAGAAAAAACAGACGUAGCAUAUCCCCGGCACCAUGCACCAUGUGCGUCUGCGCAAAGGAGAUGGGGGCCAUCUACACCAUGCACAAGGUGUAGAUAGAUGGUCAUUAAAACGAAAAAUGUUGGUCAUUCUCUAGUUUUCCACACUUUGGAGACCUCGCCUGUGGAAGCCGCCAUCUUGUUUCUGUCAUUUAUCUGCUAAUUUCUUACCUUGAGUGGAGCUAUGUAAAAAACGGCCACUAGGAGGCAGCAAGCGCCAGCUUUUGGCAGAAAGUGGUCCCUGCCAGCUCAAGUUUUGGUCAUUUCCUUUUCCUGACCAUGAUGGGGAUCACUGCCCCCACAUCAGCAUCAAGAUGGAGGGGGCCAGGGCCAGUCACAAUGCUCAGGUAAAAUGUCACCGUCUGUGUUACAGAUAAAUGUGUUGAACUUUCUAAACCACUAAGUUUUAGCCCCAACUCAGAAAUCCAGCAGCGACCAAGAAAAAGGUAGGCUCAAGUCUCUGAGCCAGGGGCAGGCAGCAGACAGACAUCAUUUGAGUAGUUGUUUUUUGGUUUUUGGUUUUGUUUUUACUUCUGAAUUCUUGCAACAAUGAACAUCCUCUGUUACCUAUUGGACAUGAAGACUCUUAUAUAAUAGAUUGGGUAGAUUGGGUAAAGGUGUUCAAAAAAAAAAAAGCAACAGUGCUAAUAUAACAUUGUGGCUUUGUGUACCAAACGGUGGGGUCUACAGGUCACCUCUUGAGUCUUGACCUUGUAACUUGCCUUGGCCAACAGUAAAAGUGUUACAAAUGCAAAUUUGA